AUGGGAUCGGGUUGCGCGCUGCAUCAGGAUUUGUUAGCAUUUGGGCUGGAUCUGCCCUGUAUGCCCUUUGCAAAUUCUUUAUUAAAUAAGACGUCGUGUCUUGGGACAGUAGGGUUGGUCCCAUGUGCAUUGGCAGGGAAGAAAAUAAGUGAAUGGCAAAAGGGGGCUUUCCUUUACAAUCAGCUGGUGACGAGAGCCACGGCUGCAAAAAUGCAAGAAGAAAGUGGAGAGAUUAGAGCAAUGCUGUGGUAUCAAGGGGAGAGUGAUACCAUGAGAAUGAGUGAUGCUACUGCUUAUAAAGGAAGAAUGCAGCAAUUUUUCACUGAUUUGAGAAGUGAUCUUGGAUUACCAGACCUCUUGAUUAUCCAGGUGGGUCUAGCUUCAGGAGGAAAGCAUUACACAGAGAUAGUGAGAGAAGCACAGCUAAAUCCUGACCUUCCAAAUGUAGUAACAGUUGAUGCCAAGGGUUUGCAGUUGCAAAAUGACAAUUUACACCUUACUGCUUCUUCCCAAGUCCUCUUAGGCCAGAUGAUGGCUGAUGCUCUUCUUCAGACAAUCUCAACCACAUCUUCGUCUAUUAACACUCAUAGUGAAUCUGUGAGGGUCCUUUCAUCAUUUACAAGUUACCGUCUAUGCGAAUUUGGUCCUCUUCCAAAGGCCUCCUGUGCUGAUUUCUGGAGCAUGUGGCUAUUGUCUUAUUUGGUUCUGUUAACAGCCAUGCAAAUGGUGAUCAAAGCUAACGUGAAGGAAGAAUCUAGAAGGAGACAAUGA